AUGAAGAGAUGCCAGGGAAUGCGAGGAUUUGGACGGCCGCCCCCCAGCGUGGUGGAUGGCUGGGAUUUUUGGAUGACUCGCGCGCCAACCAACCAGAACGGGCGCGGAAAGCCCAGCUUUGGAGUCAAAGCUGCAAAAGGUGCGUCAGGAGUGUUUAUCAAAGGUGCCUUGAGCGGUGCUGGUGACGGUGAUGGCGACGACGGCCGCAGAGACGUUGGGUUUGUGGAUGGUUUGGUUAACUAUGUCCAGUGUCCGCCGUAUGUAGAGCUACGUUGGUUACGCCAUGCAAGAAGAGCAGAAAUCGAGCAGCGCCAGCAGCAUCAAGUAGCACAGCAUGCUCGAUGGCAAAAGUUCGGCUUCGUAUUAUGGAGAAAAUCGCGAGUGUCUGAAAAUUUAGAUGUCACAAGGGUAUAUAUUUCGAUAGUUGGUUUCAAAUCCUCCCAGCUUGCUGCGCCUUUUUAUGCCUGUUAUGAAUCCUGAUGUACUUAUUCUACAAUAUAUUAUUACUCCAUAUCGCCCUCUCCCACGGUAGU